AUGGCCGACUUUUUGACGAUGCGCGACGUCGAUGCUUUCCUCAUCAACCCCACCCACAGCAUGGCCGGCGACUUCCAUGCGCUGACCACUCCGACCGAAGAGGCCUUCCCAUCUUUCAUCACCGACGAGUCGUAUCCCCACAAAGACUCCCACUACCCGGAACAAGCCGCGGGCAAACACGCGCAUCGGGAGCUCAACGACAGCUUCGUCUUUCCCCAAGACUACGCUUCGGAAGAAGAGGCUGCUUCUCCUAACGGUCAGGAUGAUUCCGAUUUUCUCUUCGAUGGCAGCGACUUUGAAUCGGCCGAGGACUUUGACGACGAAGACGAAGAUGUGGAGUCGCUCUCGGACCACGCCAGCCUGGCGCAGCAGCUUUGCUCGCGAGCGCAAACUGUUCAUUUCGUCUCUGCCGGCAAGCCGAGAGUGGUCGUCGUCCCGCGAUCCGUAGAGGUGUCAUCCGCCGAAGUCAGUCCGAUCUUCGCCCAGGAAAACCCGGCCGUCAUCUUUGGCAGCAGCAAGACCCACCAGCGCGCGAGACUGGGUUGGCACGAGAGGCCGCACACGCCUCCAUCCUUUGACGCCGAUGCCUUCCACUUUGCCGAGUCGAGGCCAAUCCGCACCCCGGCACUUGCUCGUCCAGACGCCGUGCCCACCUACCUGCCGACGCUGCCCAAGCAACGCCAGACGCCGCUCGCGGCUCAGCGAGCCGAUUUCUCCCCCCGAGCCGAAUCUGUUCGACAACAAGACCCCUCCCGGUCCGACUGGCCACUCCCCGCGUCACCGCCGUUGACCCCGGAGCACAAUGGCAAACGCAGAGUUCGCAAGCUCCCCUCCACCUUCAACUUCAUCAACUUCAGCAGCCCGCGCCGCAACAACUCCUCCUCCUCCAGCCACUCCAACUCCGCCUCCAGCGCUUACACGCAGGAAGAUUACCUCCACUACCGCCACGAACCCCGCAGCACCCCUGAACCACCCCUCUGCACCGCCAACUUCGCCGCCACGACCUAUCGGCCAAAGAUGAUCCCGCGCGGCGCAAGCGAGCGCGAACCCCCUCUCACCCUCCCGCCGUGUCCCUACGAUUCUCCCAAUUACGACUGGGACGUAGGCUACUACUUCCCGCCGAGCAGCAGUCCGCCUCGCACUUUCCGCGCCGAGCAGCAACAGGAAGAGGAGUCGGGUCCGUCGAAUUACGUGAAGGCGCUGCGGCGGAAGAGUCUUUCGGCCGUGUUCGCGACGGCACAGGUCUAG